AGGCGGGACCACGAACUUCUCUAACCCCCCUUUUCCCUGCAUGUUUCACACAUCACCGUACACCAUUCUAAAUGCCCGGUGUGAAAUGAUGAACCUGAAGUCGGCUUUCUAUUCGCCUGCUUCUUGUUUGAAUUUUUCCCCGUUCCACCUUAAGUGGUACAGCGGUAGCGGUAAGUGCUGCGCCAUUUAAGGUGGAACGGUAAUAAUUCGAAUAAAAAGCUGGCUUCGCUGUGAAAUGACAACCAGCGCUUUCGGGUUUUUAACGCCAGUGGGUCCUGCUGGAAGUUGGAAUGUGCGCGGUAUCUUAAAGAUGUGCGGUUCGUUCAGAGCUUCUCACACGGCGAAACGCUGCUUCUCAUGAAGCUUUAUUGGAAGACCCUCAACUGCAACUGCAACACCGAGAAGCUCAACAGAGCAGCAGCUGCUUUAUUCAGACACAAACAACAUUCAUCUGCUGAAAGGCUCUUAUCGGUCAUCAUCGAUAGACUCCACUUCCAUUUUCCCCCAUUUCCUCGCUAGUCUUAUUGGCCCUUCUGCCCAACCUCGCGAACAGUAUCUGACUAGCGGCGGAGGCUGCGAUGCCAAGCGUUCCUGUACUGACGGUGUUUGUGUUGAAACGGUAAACGCUCGAUUUAAUCGAAUGUGCUCAACCCACAGCGAAGACAUCGCGGUUAAAAUCCAGAGCGCUGGACGGACCGACAACCGAGUAAGUGUCCAUAUCACUCCAGUGAAGUCGUAUCUGCAGGCUUACAGCACCAAGUGACCCAGACGAACAGACCAACGGCAUCGAGGAGAGUGAUGACCGUGCGUCUGUCUUGCUGUAUGGAUUACAUCGCGCCCUGGUCUGUGGGCUGCUUACUGUAACGACCUGCUGCUCUACGCGUUCACGGGCCGCGUCUUAUUCCUCCGCAGCGCUGUAUCAGGAUAAAGAGUCCGCGUCUCAGGUUUGGAUUAAUGGUUCUCUCCAUCAUGCUGGUGGUGGUGGGCUGGUUUCAGUUUGCGUGUGUCUGAGCUCCACUGGCCCGCUGGGAUGAACAUGCCACUGCAUCAGAUCUCUGUCAUCCCCCGGGAUGUCACUUCCUCCAGGGGGUCCGGCAGCAGCGGGAAAGCUAAGGACAAAGACCGGGACAAACAAAAUGACAAGCCACUGGGUCAUUCUGCAAGCAGGUCCAGCAACAUUUCAAAGGCAGGGAGUCCAACUUCUGUGAACGCCCCCUGCAGCUUCUCCCGGACUUCAGUCACACCCUCGAACCAGGACAUCUGCAGUUCAAAUGGUGGCAGUCGAGUUCAAGCCGCGCAGACCGCUGUGGUCCUGCUGAACUCUGAUGGCAAAGGCUUGGUGUCGCAGAGCGUCACCAUGACGACCUUGUGUCUGGACUCCCCCGCCAAACCCAAAAAUAAGACAGCAUUCGGAGCAGAGUGGCUCUCACUGCUAAAGCCUUCGGUUGGCCUCAAGCCGAACAGCGGUGCUCUCAAGUUCUCCAAGUCCUUGAACGACGUAGGCCAGAAGAUGGACAGCCUGUGCAGCGGCCUGCACUUCAUCGACCGCACAUGCUCAGAGGGUGAACUGGGCCCAGAAACAGAACCAAAAGCUCUCAAUGGCAAACCAGCCCACCUGCCCUCUCCCCCAUUACCCUCCCAGCCUUUGUCCUUCUCCAGCACCUGCGCCUAUGGGAGCAGCCUCGGGCAAGAGCGUUGUUCCCAAACCUCCGAACUUCAGAAAAGCUCCAACUUGCUGCGCUUCCUUUUCCCCUUCCCUCGCUCUUCUACAGCGGGCAGUCUGCAAGCCGGAGAACUGACCAGCUACAUCACCAAAUCGUCUAGCGCCCUGCUGGAGGCCUGUGGUGAGGAGAUGGGUGACGACGAAGUAUUCGAGGACGACCCAUCCCAAUGGAGGCCCUUAAAGGCUGAGGAGCGACGCGCCCCGCUAUGCUCACUUGAGGAGGACAGCGACCUGGACCGAUGCUCCUCACCACUAUCCGAAAAAGCGGCACCUCUCUCGCCAUACUCUCUGUCUGGAGACUGCUGCAGGAUCUGUCACUGCGAGGGUGAUGAUGAGAGUCCGCUGAUCAUGCCUUGCCACUGCACGGGCAGUCUGCGCUUCGUGCAUCAGGCAUGCCUGCAGCAGUGGAUCAAAAGCUCUGACACGCGCUGCUGUGAGCUCUGCAAGUUUGAGUUCAUCAUGGAGACCAAACUGAAGCCUCUGCGGAAGUGGGAGAAGCUGCAGAUGACCGCAAGCGAGAGAAGGAAGAUCAUGUGCUCAGUUACUUUCCACGUCAUUGCCAUCACCUGCGUGGUGUGGUCACUGUACGUUCUGAUUGAUCGCACUGCAGAGGAGAUCAAACAAGCCGGAAGAAUACCAGGAGCCCUAAAGCUGCACCCUGGCCUAACUUACGGAGCUUCCAAAAGCAGGAUACUUGAAUGGCCUUUCUGGACCAAGCUCGUGGUGGUGGCCAUCGGCUUCACUGGCGGACUGGUGUUCAUGUAUGUACAAUGCAAAGUCUACAUUCAGCUGUGGAGGAGACUUAAGGCCUACAACAGAGUGAUAUAUGUGCAAAACCGCCCAGAGACCUGUAAAAAGAUUGUUUUCGAGAAACCUGCAUUUAUGGAGCCAAACCUGGACAAUAAAGAGGCUCUCGGGCUGGCGCAGUCGGACACAAACUCUUCCCAGUACACAGAGACAGAGGACUACAGCAUGGAGAUACUGCAUGUGUGACCCACCCUGUCCACUAUAAUCCCCCCACCCCUCCCACCAACUUCCAGGGGACCAGAAGAUGCUUUGCCUCCUCCAGGCCACCGGUGAUGCCACACAGCACUGGACAGAGUGGCUGAGACGGAACUUCUGUUGUUUAGGUGUUACUUUCUCUUUGUUUGUCUGUUCUGUUCCUGUCAGUUGUUGGCUGACCAUUAUGAAUCGGUGUGCGCCAGAAGCGACUACUGCCAUUGUAUUGCUGUCGUACGAGAUGUGAAAACCGCCAGUCGAGCUGUGUGUGCAUCUGCACUCGCCGUGUGUGUGUGUGUGUGGGUAUGUGUCUCUGUGCCGGUUCUAAUGGAGUCCUUAACAAUGCAUUUAAGCACUUUUUUUAGUUCCCUGUUCUAAGGCUCCCCUGUUUUAAUAUCCAUAUAUUUCUCUUUAUACAUGUGGUAUGAAAAAAUAUGAGGAAAAAAAUACAAGCUUGAAAUUUUGAAAGCUUUUCUCACAUUUUAUAUGACUGAUGAUAUGAUAGAUGACAUUUGUAUUCCCACACAACCUUCGGAUGGAAAAAAAGGAAUUUGGAGGCGUUAUGAGGGAAAUGGGCGUCUUUUUAUUAUCAUCAUUCCAUAUUUUCUGACUUCAGGCAGUGUCAGAUGAGGUUGUUAGCUUUUUAUUCUUCUUUUUUGUUUGUUUUAUUUGACCUGUAAUUUAUAUGUAAUAUUGAAUCAAAGCAAAGUUAAUUGACUUUAUUUUCAUCUUACCAAGGGCUAGAUUCACUAAAGCCGUUUGCACAUGUUAAAAGUCUUAGGACUAGCAAAUACAUUAAUAUACUGUAACUUCUGACUGGGCUACAUUGACCAGUCACUAGCUAUGGCGCUAUUUUCGUACAUGCUAAAAACUUAGCACAGGCUAAAGACUUUAGUAAAUCAGCCCUUAAAUGUACCCUCCGAGGGCUCUAGAAUGUAGACUACUUUUUAAAAAAUUCUUUACCAUCUAGGACAUUUUUCUGCAGAGGGGGGCAUUUCUUGUAGCACCACUCAACCUUCCCGAAUGACUUGUUUUCUAUGCUUGAAUGACAUUUUAUAUCCAGUCUUUAUUUUGAUCACCUUUCUUUAAUGAAAUGUAUCCUUGGGUGGAAAAUGCAACUUAUUUUUCCUCACCCUAACCAGGCAUUUAUUAUUUAAAGACUUUAUUUAGAUUUUCUGCAUAAUUUGCAUUUGAGCAACGCUCUUCUGUCCAACAUUAUAACCAAGAUGCUUUUGCAUGUGGAAUAAUGGCUUGACGUAACACACUUAAACAGCAGGUUUCAAUUGUAUCCUCGACUUAUUUUGUCAUUCUUUUUCAUCAUCCUUGGUUUAUACAUUGUUUUGUUUCUAAAGUUGAUCCUGCAGCUAUUCAGAUGUCAAAACCUUCUUUAGAAAAGACAGUAAAUUUGCCAGCUUUGCAAACACAUUAUUACUUGUUUGCUUGGUGUCAGAAAGGGUGGCAAAUUUCCCAAGGCAGUGCUUUCUACUUCUACUCUUGAGGCUUUAAGUAUGUUUUAAGGAUAUGAUAUAUACUGUAUGAUGUAAAGGCUGAGAAAGUGCCACAUCAGCUUUCACCAUUUCCACAUGCAGCAAAUGUUUUUGGCAUAAUAUGGUGCAUUUAUCUCCCAAACAAUAUGAUGAUUUCAGAAUGUGAAACAAUGUGAGUUUACUUGAAAUCAGAACUUGAAAGUAUAGUCCUGCCAUCUAGUGACACUAGGCAGGUUAUACCGUUGUAAUAGAUACUUUAAUAUACCAAAAUAUCUCAAUUGCAAUUUGACCAAGAGAAAAAGUGCACAUACUGUUUGUUGAUAGGAUCAUACUUGCAGGCCUCCCUGUUUCUCUCCUUGUUUCGCAGAGAUUUCUUAAUUUUGUUGUAUUUAAUAGGAGUGACCCAGCAUAACCUCAUAAAGAACAAUUCCCAUUUUUGCAAAUAACACUACAUGUUCACAGAUUUGAUUUUGCACAGGUAGUAAAAUUUGUACUUGCACCAAAUGAGCUCCUCUUGUAUGAGAUAAUGAGGUUGUGUUGGGCAGACGGGACCUUACCAUUGACUUCGUUGAGCUUUGCUCCAUGAUGAAUGCAGGAAUGCCCUUUAUAAAGCUUGCACAUCCUAAUGAGUUCGGUUUUAUGUAAAUGCAGCCUGGUGUCUUUAUUUAUGUUAGAUUUUACUUCACAAUUAAGGAUCAGUGUACAGAUGGAUUUUUGACAACAUUACUGAUGAAUAGGAGCUGGCUCCUUUAACCUAACAGCAGCAUGGGACCCCUAAGCAUUGAAAUGUAAUCAAUUUCAAACUGUGAUACUUUAUCAUUAUUUGGACAAAAUAGAAUUUGGUCAAUUUCUACAUUGUGACUCAGCUGCAUACUUGGCCUUGUGGGGAAAUCCUUCACUGAAUUGCACUGCGUGCUGUUUGUUCAGCUUUGAUCUGUUUGAAAGCGCAGUAGCAGUAUUGUUUGUCUUUUCAUUGUAGUACUGUGCUCAAGGUUACCUGUAGUUCUGACGGUGAUUUGGCUGAUCGCUCUUUAAUUAACUUGCGCCCGGACGAUUCAGAUGUGCUUAGAAAGUAUUUCUUGCAUAAAACUGCAGUGCAUUACUACUGAAUCAACUUGAACAUAGUCAAGUCGACUGUUUUCUGCCCCUCCAUCUUAUUCCAUUUUUUCUCUCUGUGAAUUUUCUUUGAAUAGUAAAUGUAAUUUUUGUAAAAACUGUUUUUAAUGAAAUAUUGAUGUGUUUUGAUUUGUUUGAUUACCCAUAUUUGAGCAAGCGUAUAUAGACUGAAAAACAACCAAAUAAAAUGAAGUAAACCUAUA